UAAAAAUAAACGGAAGUAUGGAAUUCAAAAUGAUAUGAUACUAGUGAGGUCAUCAUGAGCAAAAUAUUAUAUAUUCCAGCAGCAUUUAUUUCUGCAACUCUAUGGAUUUAUCUUUUGACAAGUUGGGCUCCAGCUUUUGAAAAUUUAAAGUAUCCAAAUAGUCUAGAAGAAUUAAGAGAAGUUUCCGAAGUAUUAAAACAAUAUCAAAGGGACCAUUAUAUUUACGUAUUUAUAUUAUUUGCUACUGCUUAUUUAUAUAAGCAAACGUACUUUAACAGUUUAACCAUUAUUAUUAUUUUGCAGAACAUAUUAUCGGGUGCUCUAUUUGGUCUAUGGAAAGGUUUCCUGUUAACAUGUACAUUGACUGCUGUUGGUGCAACGUUUUGUUUCUUGUUGUCUAAACAUUGUGGGAAAGACUAUGUUGUAUAUUAUUUUCCAGAAAGAAUUCGAUUUCUCCAACAGAAGAUCAAAAAUCAUGAAAUGCACCUACCAUUCCUAUUACUUUUUCUUCGUUGCUUUCCAAUGACACCCAAUUGGUUUUUAAAUAUGGCCUCGCCUGUUGUUAAUAUUCCAAUACAUCUUUUUAUCAUGUCAGUUUUUAUAGGUCUUAUGCCAUAUAACUUCAUUUGUGUGCAGACAGGAGUAAUUUUGACCAAAAUCCAAUCAUUGAAUGAAGUAUUUACACCAAGUAAAUUAUUAAGUCUUACUGUCAUUGCUGUUAUUGCACUUUUACCUGGAUUUGUUAUAAAAAAAUUAUCAAUAGGUAAAUGUUAAAUAAUUGUAAUCAGUUUAUGUGAUGACUGUGAUAUUUGUUUCGAAGACAUUCAAAUUUUAUGUUGAUAUAUCAUGUUUAAUAACUGUUUUGUAAAUAAAAUAUAUUUGAAGAUAAGUGACAUUUUAAUAUUAU